AUGCCAGGUGCUCCGUUUGCAUGGGACGACUACGUCAAUUACCAGCUCGGCCCUGCGCUGCUGUACGCCGACCAGCCCCUGGGGCUCGACGCCCCCCCGCCGUCGCCGCAAGGAAGUGUGACGGGAAUGUUUCCGCACCGUGCGGAGCUCGGCGUUCUUCGUCUCCAUAAGAGCGCCCCACAGCGAGUCAUGCCCGAGGCCCCACAUAACCCUUCUGAGGCCGCAGCCGGCCCCUCCCGUCGCAGUCCACAUAGCGAAUCACGCGGCAUGGACUACCCAACCGCGGAAGCCCCCUCAGAAACCUCAACACUCACGCCUCCCGUCAAGCAUCCGCCUCUGCUGAGGGGCGACGAUGUGUCGGCUGCAUCUCUAGGGGGAGCACUCGACCCAACGUCGUGCAGCCGCCUAGCCCGCAGGAGCACGCUCACGCUCACGCUCUCGCACGGCGCGUCUCAUCGCGUGCGCGUGUGGCGCUCAUCGCCGAUCCCGCCGCUAGUCGUGCGUCUCGCUUCCGCUCCUCGCACAUCAAAUCUCACCCCCACGCCCGCGCCCGCCCCACACGAGUCGCCCCGGCUCUGGGAGGAGCACAACGAUCCUUACGCCCACGUCCGCGAACGGAUAUCCAUCUGCCAGGAUCGGAUCACGGAGCACGACUGGGUUCUAGCAUACGGCGGCGCCGCGCUCGAACAGAGCCGCCAUUCUGGUCGGUCCUUUGCGGCCCGUGGGGGUCCUGGGGCUUGCACUCGACGCUUCUCGUUCGGCGGCGAGCGGAAUACCCUCGGAUGGCAGCGCCAGAGCGCUCGUGCAAAUAAGCGCAUCGAGCAUUUCCAGCAUCUGCAGGAGCAUUAUCUUGGCCUUAUGGGCGCUGAUAAUGGGCGCAGGGGCACGGCAUGUGCGGGAGUAUGA